AUGUCCUCAAUUGCGGAUCUGACCGAGUCAGCUCUUCAAAUCGCAAUAUCGGCAACUCAGGGAGAAAGCCUUCACCUUCGACUAAUUGCCUCAAUUCGUGCUAUUACACCUCACGACAUCAUCGUAUCCGUAUCUCACAUGGGAUCACCGACACAAUAUAUCUGA